AUGGAUCAAACUCCAUUGUCCGGUUCAUCUCGAAUUCGAUCGACACAGUCCACGAGAGCGACGAGUGUUUCCGCCGGAAGUAGGAGGUCUUCCGCAUGCGACAAAGGUUUCCAACAACAUCUUAUCGACUAUAAAAUCUAUCCCGAGGGAUAUGAGUCUGGGAACGGUCUUCCCAGUUCCGAACCUAGCAAUCUAGAUCACAUCCAAGAAGCGUUAUCUGCUGACAGAGCCUCUUUGUCCCCAUCCCAGUUCACACAGUCGACAUUUCGGGACUUCAAAAACAAGAACAAACGAGUUAUUUUCGAGAGCGACGUUAUGAGUGCUGUUAUCCCUGUGAUAUGCGGUAACUCAAGCAUAGACAGCCAACAAAACGUCCUCUUUACUGAGUUAGAUCCUAUAACAAGUACGGAUGCGGUAAAGCCUAAACCCGACCUUUUUGAUGGCGCAUCCCUCGUCAACAUCCACGAGGACGUCAGAAAUAAUCCAAUACUGAAAUCCAAAGUUAUCCCUACCAAGCACCCCAACAUUCCAAUGGCGCCAAAUUUUUUCAUGGAGGUCAAAGGGCCUAACGGGAAUGCAUCCGUGGCACAGAGGCAAGCAUGCUAUGAUGGAGCAUAUGGUGUCCGUGCCAUGCAUGCUUUGAAGAAUCAUGGAAAGACCGAGGAACAAUAUGACGGAGAUGCCUACACGUACAGCUCGACAUAUCAUCCUGCUACUGGCACACUACAACUGUAUGCUCACCAUGCUACAGCUCCAGUUGAUGCUGGUGGCCGGCCAGAGUAUCACAUGACUCAAAUUGAUACUUGGGGAAUGACGGGUAACAUUAAUAGUUUUCGGCGCGGAGCCACUGCACUUAGAAAUGCCAGAGAUUUGGCGAGACAGCAGCGAGACAACUUAAUCCAGGCUGCGAAUGCGUGUCACGUACGUCCAGAAGUUCAAAAGAACGACGCGGGCUGGCGAGAUGCGCAUGACGAUCUCCAGGGGCAAAUUUCCGAUGCCUAUGAUGACAACUCUGGGGAAGAUCCUGAGACAUAUAACACACUGCAGUUUCACAGACGGACGACGGGUCUCCGGACCCUAGCCAAGAAUCGACUGCAUUGGGGGCAGACGACACUAAUUUGA